UCUGCUUGUGAUUCAUUUCCGUCCAGUUUCCCUCCCCGCACACACGCACUGCUGCAGCUUUAAUUUCCUUAUAACCCCUCACACAGCGGUUAUAUAUCCCGUCUUUUUUUUAAUCUUUGAACACCCCAACCACAACAAACAGACAAACAAGACAAAAUGUCUCCCGUUGCUGCUGGUCGUUCGGAGAAGGAGUCCAACCUGGCUAGGUUGCUGGGAUCCGGCUCUGCUGGUAUCGCCGAGUUGGCCAUCUUCCAUCCUGUCGAUACCAUCGCUAAGCGUCUGAUGUCCAACGAGACCAAGAUCUCCAACACCGCCGAGCUUAACAAGGUCAUCUUCAAGAACAAGGCCGAGGCCCCCUUCGGUCGCAAAUUCGUCUCCCUCUUCCCCGGUCUCGGCUACGCCGCCGGCUACAAGGUUCUCCAGCGCAUCUACAAGUACGGCGGCCAGCCCGUCGCUCGCGACUACCUCGGCACCCACUACGGCAAGGACUUUGAGAACGCCUUUGGCAAGAAGACGGGCAAGGCCAUCAUGCACUCGACGGCCGGUUCGCUCAUUGGCAUUGGCGAGAUCGUUUUGCUUCCCCUCGACGUCCUCAAGAUCAAGCGCCAGACCAACCCCGAGGCCUUCAAGGGCCGUGGCGUCUUCAAGAUCGUCAAGGACGAAGGCUUCGGCAACUUGUACCGCGGCUGGGGCUGGACGGCCGCCCGCAACGCGCCCGGCUCGUUCGCGCUGUUUGGCGGUUCCGCCUUCGCCAAGGAGUUCCUCUUUGGUCUGAACGACUACAACAAGGCGACGUGGUUCCAGAACUUUGUCGCUUCCAUUGCUGGUGCCUCUGCCUCGCUCGUCGUCUCGGCCCCCCUCGACGUCAUCAAGACCCGUAUCCAGAACCGCAACUUCGAUAACCCCGAGUCGGGCUUCCGCAUCUUGACCAACAUGGCCAAGAACGAGGGCGCCGGUGCUUUCUUCAAGGGUCUGGUGCCCAAGCUCUUGAUGACGGGCCCCAAGCUUGUUUUCUCUUUCUGGCUGGCGCAGACUUUGAUUCCUGCCUUUGAUAUUGCUUUCCGCAAGUAAGCGGGGGAGUUCAGUGUCGAUGAGGAAUGAGCAAAAAUAACAACAAAAAUCGGCGUUUGUUUUUGGAUCGGAAAGCCUUUUUGAUGGGUAGACAUGAUCUGUCAUCAUGUUUUGUUUCGCCAUCUGUUUGUAACAAUAUCAUUGUGCGUGUGAGCCGGAGUGAUUGGGAGGGUUAUCUAAAGGUUCAUGAUAGAAUAUUCCCCGGCGUUGUGUGGAUGUGUGGGCAAAAAUAAAUUUUUCUCGUUGAUAUAUUCAC